AUGAAAUUGGCUUUUAUAAGCUUAUUGCUUACUGUUUUUUCUACUGUGCGGGGUUUAUAUCUUGAUAUUGAAGCCUCGGAACAUCCGCAACCAAUCUGCAUUCGUGAAUUCGUGAUUGAAGGUCAACCUGUUGUUAUCCAUAUUGAUUCAAGUGGUAGUGUCGGUGAUGGUCAAGUAUUGAGUUUGAUUGUUAGGGAUACUGUCGGUAAUGAAUAUCGUAGAAAGAAAGACUUUGCAGGAAGUGUUCGUGUUACCUUCGAUGCACCAUCUUCUACAGCCUUUGAUGUCUGUUUGGAAAAUACCAGUAAGAUCAGAGGUAGAGGAUUAAGUCGCAGUGUUGAAAUCGACAUUGAAUCCGGUUCUGAAGCUCGUAACUGGAAUCAAGUUCAAGCCUCCGAAAAGUUGAAGCCAAUCGAAGUUGAAUUACGUAGGAUCGAAGAAUUAACAGACGAGGUUGUUGACGAGUUGAACUACCUAAAGGCCAGAGAAGAAAAGUUAAGAGAUACUAAUGAAUCUACCAAUAGGAGAGUCAGAAACUUUUCUAUUGUCAUUAUCUUUGUCUUCAUUGCGCUCGGUGCAUGGCAAUUGAACUACUUGAAGAAUUACUUCAGAGCCAAACACAUCAUUUAA